AACUGAUCGGAAGCCAUUUUUGUUCGCCAGACGUUUGAUUUACGGUGAUAUCCUGACUCCGACUGCUGCAACAUUCCUUUAGUCGUAAUUUUUAAUUGAGAAAUUCAAAAAUAUAAUAAAGGGAAAAAAUGGCUGAUGAUUUCGACGUAGAAGCGAUGCUUGAGGCUCCUUACAAAAAAGAGGUCAGUAUUUAAGUCAAAAACCGCAAGUUAAAAUGAAAUGGCGUUGAUAUCAAAAUGUGCUUGAAUAUAAUCUGUAUCAUGGAUUUUUAUUAUACAAAUCUAAAUCAUUAUUCUAAUGACUAUGCUUUUAAUUUUUAAAGUAUAGUCAUUACUUAUAAUUAUGUAUAUUCAAAGUUCAUGAAGAAAAUUUCAGAUUUAUGGCUUGUAUUUUAAGAAAAUGUUAAUAUAUAAUCUUUAAUGUAAAAUAUAGUGUGACAAACUAAGAGUCUACUCUGAAUAUUGUCGCCCUCAGAUCGUUUACAAAGACCAUAUUGUGGGCAGCAGGCGAAAGGUACCAACAUUUUGUGCGUAAAUUUUAUAUAAUAUAAAAAGAAAAAACUUGUAUUUAAAUAAUUAAACAAAAAGAUUGCAAUUAUAUGGUAAUACUAAUCUAUACAGUAGUCAAGAAGAGGAUGAAUGUAAAACGAUCGUGAUGAGGUAAUGAUCAAUCCGGGGCCUGCCGCCAUUUUGCGCCUUUUUUAAUAGAUUUCUUUAUUAUUUAUUUUAUAUAUGUAAACAAAUCUUUGUUUACUAUCUUUACUAAAAUGUGUUGUUCAAUUUGGCGGCCACGCCCGAAACUUUCGGCAUGUGUUGCUGAUCUACGUGAACCGUUUAAUACGAAAUGCAGGAAUCGAAUGGGCAUAGAGCUUCUAGCAGAGAUCGCGACAGGGACAGAGAUCGUGAACGAGAAAGAGACAGGGACCGAACUAAGAGAAAAAGCAGAAGUCGAAGCAAAGAUCGUAAGAGAAGGUCUAGAAGUAAAGACCGACAUCGAGAAAAAGGCAGAGAAAGAGAACGAGAAAAGGAUAGAGACAGACGAAGACGUUCAAGGAGUCGAGAGAAGAGAAGGUCACCCCGUCGUAGAUCGCCACCUCGUGAGAGACCCAGAAAUUAUGAAUAUUCCCCAGAAGAACGUGAUGCUAGAACUGUAUUUUGUAUGCAACUCUCUCAGAGAAUUCGCCCAAGAGACUUAGAAGAAUUUUUCAGCUCUGUUGGGAGAGUUUACGAUGUUCGCCUAAUUGCUGAUGGCAGGACCGGACGAUCAAAAGGUAUCGCUUACGUCGAAUUUGAGGAAACCAGUUCUGUGAAUUUAGCCUUAGGUUUGAAUGGUCAAAAGCUACUUGGUGUUCCAAUAAUUGUUCAAGUCUCUCAAGCUGAGAAAAAUAGAGCUGCUCAACAAGCUGCACAAAUUGAGGCAGAAACUGCACGAGCGUCACAGGGCCCAAUGAGACUGUAUGUUGGAUCUUUGCAUUUCAAUAUAACAGAAGAUAUGCUAAGAGGAAUUUUUGAACCCUUUGGCAAAAUUGAACACAUAAACCUAGUAUUGGAUCCAGAAACAAGUCGAUCAAAAGGGUUCGGUUUCGUUACAUUUAUUAGAAGUGAAGAUGCUAAAAAGGCAAUGGAGCAGCUGAACGGCUUUGAAAUUGCUGGGCGACCUAUGAAAGUAAAUCAUGUAACUGAAAAAAUGGAUGGUAUUGGUAGCAUGAUUGAUACAGAUGAAAUGGAUAGGGCAGGUAUAGAUUUAGGGGCAACUGGUAGACUUCAGCUUAUGGCCAAACUAGCUGAGGGAACAGGUUUUCAAUUACCAAAGCCUGCUGCCUCAGCGCUUAGUGUUCAGGUAAAUCAGAAUAUGAGAGAACAACAUCAACAAGCCCUACAGCAGGCUGUCACAACCCCGCCGAUAGCGACACAAUGUUUUAUGUUAUCAAACAUGUUUGAUACUAAUUCUGAUAAAAGUGGAGACUGGGAAACAGAAAUAAAAGAUGAUGUCAUUACUGAGUGUAACAAGCAUGGCGGAUGUGUUCACGUCUAUGUUGAUAAAGCUAGUCCACAAGGAAAUGUUUACGUGAAAUGUCCUUCAAUAGCAAGCGCUGUUGCUAGUGUGAAUGCUCUACACGGCCGUUGGUUUGGAGGAAGAAUGGUUACCGCCGCUUAUGUCCCACUGCCGAAUUAUACACAACUAUUUCCUCAUACACAUAGAGCAAUGGUUUUGCUGAUGCCGUCAACAAGUAAACAAACAGCAGCGCAAGCGGGACUUAUGCAUCCGGCAUUUUUAAAGUGA